AUGCAAACAGUACACAUACCUUCCAGUGAAGGACUGAUAGUUGAUGAUGAACCAGACGACAUGUCAAUUUUCAUAAAUUCUAAACCAUCUACUAGGACAUUCAGCAUUGAUCUUGAUGAUUACUCACAUUCUCAUCAAAAAGAGACUCAAGAACAUGAUGAUCCUCAAGAAGAUAAGUUCUCUUCUUGUCCACCUGAUGCUCCUCAAGAUGAUGCUAAGAAACUUAAGGCUAAGGAGUUAAAGUCUAAACAAGAGGUGCUUCUUAAAAAGAAAUAUUCAGAAAUCUUGCCUGAAGAAAGAAGUACAUGGCAUGAUGAACAAUUUAGAGCAUCGUCUCCUAAAAGAACCAUAUUCUUGAAUCCUGAUAGAGGUGAAGAUUGGACAGCUACUCAAUCAGAAGAUCAAGGCUAUCAAGCCCACAAAUUUGCUCACACCUCCUUCAGACCUCCCUAA